AUGCCAACCCCGAGCAGAUUAAACAAACGAGCCACAUAUCUGACAAUCAGUCCACCAAGGCCGGAUCACAGUCGACAUGUGGAUUCCAUCGGCCCGGGCCCGGGUCCGUGUACACGUGACACAUGUAACACAGACCACGGACGCAUGUCCACUCACGCAUCUGGUCACUUGAUAUUGGCAUUUCAACUGUGGAACGUGGCUGCGGCUGCCGAGAUUUGGUGGAUCACAUGA